AUGCCGCCCUCUGCGACAAAAAGGGCCAACCGUGAAAAGUAUCGCAACGCUCGAGACGAAAACGAUGGCACCCAGCUCCCCCAGAAGCGCUUUUACCGUCAGAGAGCACACGCAAACCCAUUCUCAGACCAUGCUUUAGAAUAUCCUGUAUCUCCGGCGGAUAUGGAUUGGGCCAAGUUCUACCCCGAAUAUGUAUCAGAAUCCACAUCCUCUGAGGAAGCCAACUCAAGUCAGCCAAGACCGCUAAAGCAAGAUGUCGAGAUUGUCGAUAUUGGCUGCGGCUACGGCGGACUUCUCGUUGCUCUGUCCCCCAUUCUUCCGGAUAAACUCAUGCUAGGCCUCGAGAUUCGCUCGCAAGUCACCGCGUUUGUCCAGGAGCGCAUCUACGCCCUGCGCAAGCAGAGCCCCGGCGCGUACCAAAACGCCGCCUGCAUCCGCGCCAACUCGAUGAAGUUUCUGCCCAACUUCUUCCGCAAGGCGCAGCUGGCCAAGAUCUUCAUCUGCUUCCCGGACCCCCACUUCAAAGCGCGCAAGCACAAGGCGCGCAUCGUGUCGACGACGCUCAACUCCGAGUACGCGUUUGCGCUGCGGCCCGGCGGCGUCAUCUACACAAUCACCGACGUCGAGGCGCUGCACGAGUGGAUGGUGGAGCAUCUCGAGGCGCACCCGGCGUUUGAGCGCGUCGCGGACGAGGAGGUCGAGAGCGACCCGUGCGUGGCGGUCAUGAGGGCCGAGACGGAGGAGGGGAAGAAGGUGGCGAGGAACAAGGGGCUCAAGUUUGUAGCUUUGUUCCGGCGGAGAGAGGAUCCGCCUUGGUAG